UGCUCAAAUUCCUGUUAAUUUGGCGCCGUAACUCCAAACAGCAUAUAGCGAUAGAGCGAUAUACUCGUAUAUAUAUAGCUCUCGAUCUCGCCGGCUGGCUGGCCGGAGAUCGAUCCUCUGUGUCGUCGCCGGCAGUAGCUAGCUAUGCUCCCGUACGCGACGGCGGCGGAGGCGGAGGCGGCGGUGGGGCGGGGCCUGACGUGGGCGGAGGCGGCCUGGUUCCGCUACUCGGCGGCCAUCCCGGACUACUGCCUCUACUGCCACAACGUCCCCAUCCUCCUCCUCGUCUACACCCUCGCGCCGCUCCCCCUCGCGCUGCUCGAGCUCCGCCGCCACCUGCCGCUGCCGCACAAGCUGCAGCCCGGCGUGCGCCACCCGCCGGCCGCCUUCCUCCGGUGCUACGCUGCCACCGCGCGCGUGCUGCUCCUCGCCGUCGGGCCGGUCCAGCUGGCGUCGUUCCCUGCGGUGAGGGCGGUGGGGAUACGGACGGGGCUGCCGCUGCCGUCGGCGGGGGAGACGGCGGCGCAGGUGGCGGUGUACCUGCUGGUGGAGGACUACCUGGGCUACUGGAUCCACCGCCUGCUGCACACGCCGUGGGCCUACCACCACAUCCACCGAGUCCACCACGAGUUCACCGCGCCCAUGGGCUACGCCGCCCCGUACGCCCACUGGGCCGAGAUCCUCAUCCUCGGCUUCCCGGCCUUCGCCGGCCCAGCCAUCGUGCCGUGCCACAUGACCACCUUCUGGCUCUGGUUCGUGCUUCGCCACCUCGAGGCCAUCCACAUCCACAGCGGGUUCAAGUUGCCGUUCGAUCCGACCAAGUAUAUCCCGUUGUAUGGAGGAGUGGAGUACCAUGACUACCACCAUUUCGUGGGAGGACACAGCCAGAGCAACUUCUCUUCUGUCUUCACUUUCUGUGAUUACAUCUACGGGACUGACAGAGGCUACAGAUACCAUAAGGCAAGCUUGUCAAAGCUGAAGGAGAUGGCAGGAAACCACGUUGAGAAAGGAGAUGAAAAUGGAUUCGGCAACGGGAAACAAGAUUAAUUAGAGACCAACUGCAAUUGUAGGCAGGUUGGCUCAUGCAGCAUCUGAAGUUUUCUACACAGCCCUCACACAGGAAAAUAAUCUGUGUCAUGCAGCAUAUAACCAAACUUUGAAUGGAAAUUCCCUGUUGUCAAUAACAAGGUUUUCAUCAUGCCCCUCGCUUAUGGAACUAUGCUUGAUCCUACAAUUAAAGAUGGAAAUUCCACAUGAGUAUGACCCAUGACUGGGGCAUGUAGCCUCGGUGUAA